CCGCGGGGCCGGGGCGGCGCGGGAGGCCGGGCAGGGCACGGUGCAGGGCACGGCGCUGUCACCCCGACAGGCCUGUGCCGGGCCUGGGGAGGGACCCGGGGACGGGCCCUGGGAGCGCCCGGCCCGGCAGCCGGAGAGCUGGAGCGCCGUGAUGCCGAUGGUGGGAGAAGAGCGGGAGCAGUGCCAGCCCUCAGGGGAGGGGAGGGGGACGGGGCGCGGCCACUGCUGACAGGGCCUUGGUUUUGGUUUCCUUUAGUUAAAGUUGUCUUAAUCAGCAAGAGCGAGGGAUUUGAAGCAGUGCUUUAAGGUUGGUCACCUCCUACUGAGAGAGUCAGAGCAAUGUCCUACGUUUUUGUGAACGACUCCUCCCAGACAAACGUGCCACUGCUGCAGGCUUGUAUUGAUGGAGAUUUCAACUAUUCCAAACGACUCCUGGAGAGUGGCUUUGACCCAAACAUUCGUGACAGCCGAGGCCGAACUGGCCUCCACCUGGCUGCAGCCAGAGGAAAUGUAGACAUCUGUCAGCUCUUGCAUAAAUUUGGUGCUGACCUGCUGGCCACUGAUUACCAGGGUAACACAGCCCUGCACCUGUGUGGGCAUGUCGAUACCAUCCAGUUCCUGGUUUCUAAUGGACUUAAAAUUGAUAUCUGCAACCACCAAGGUGCAACACCACUUGUUCUUGCCAAACGAAGGGGUGUGAAUAAAGAUGUGAUUAGACUGCUGGAAUCUUUAGAGGAGCAGGAGGUGAAAGGAUUUAACAGAGGAGCUCACUCAAAGCUGGAGACAAUGCAGACAGCUGAAAGCGAAAGUGCAAUGGAAAGCCAUUCCCUUCUUAAUCCAAACCUCCAGCAAGGUGAAGGAGUUCUUUCCAGUUUCCGCACAACAUGGCAGGAGUUUGUGGAAGACCUGGGCUUCUGGAGGGUGCUGCUCCUCAUCAUUGUCAUCGCUCUCCUGUCCCUUGGAAUAGCUUAUUAUGUUAGUGGGGUGCUUCCUUUUGUAGAAAACCAGCCUGAACUGGUGCACUGAAGCAAAUGCAAAGAAGUACAGUGUCCUUUUUCCUCUUCUAAUCUAAUCUUGUUUUGAGCUUGGAAUUAUUGGCUUGGUGCAGACAGUGGCAGCUGUAUAUACUGUUUGCCUUUAGUACUUACUAUUAACCCCUUUGAAAGAGGGAUUAAUUAAUUAAUUUCAAGUAAAACACUGAUUUCUAAAGCAUUCCUAAGAUCCUCUGACUUACCUUGACUUGCAAGCAAGAUGUGAAGAUAGUCCUCUCUGAUAAAACAUUGUGAUUAGAAAAGGCUUUUCAUUAUGAAUAUUAAAUUCCUGCAUAUGAAAAAUAUGUCCAAGUACAGAACCACAUUUGGUUUAUUUUUGCUAUGAAGAGAGGUAAAUCUAUUGUUGGAUUUUUUGUAAGUGCUUCAGUUGAAGGAAAAAUACUCUUAGAAGUCCCCCUCAAGAAGUCUCAAUAAUGUAAUAACACUUUCUGAUAUAUAGAUGGUGAUAAGCUGCAACUCCAUAGUUAUUUUAAUGUCUCUCCAUAGUUUCUUAUCUGCUACUUUACAAAAAGAAUGAGAAAUAGUUUGAGUUUUACUAUGUCUUUGUUGUAUAGAUCACUCCUUUAUUUAUUAGGUUAAUGUAAUGUGUCUUCCCCAGAUGAAUUUAAUAUUGUUAAUACCUGCCUGAAGUAAAAUUUGUAGAAUAAAACUGUUUGUUGUGCUUAGGAAGAAGACUUGGGCUGAAAAUUUUGCAUUUUUGUUGAAAUGUUGCUAAGCAAACUUUCUUUGUAAGGGUAAUUAAAAAGUGAUUUAGGUGUCUGCCAUGUAUAUAAUAAUUCUGUAAGGUCAUUGUGAAAUAUAUCAUGAAGGAUAACCUUUUCGUCCUCCCGUAAGGGUCAGACUGAACCAUGUAAUUGUGUUUUCAUGUUUGUGGAGACAACUUGAUGGAAUAGUAUUCCUUUCUAGAACUGUUUUCCAUUUCACUUGUUUUCAGACAGAACCUACAGGCUUAUGAAUUAUUUUCUGAGUAUGCAGAAUAAAGGUGUUUAAAAUACUAAUAUUUAGGAACAUUGUAUGAAAUGAAAUCUUGAUCCAUUGUGUACUUUGCUGUGAAACCCUUUGUUGUGAAUGACUUAGGGAUAUGAAUCCAUUAGAUAUUCCUUUAUGAAGGCUGGAAAGGUAUUGCAUAAUAAGAGGGAGAUUUUCAAAGAAAGUGGAUUCUCUCUUCCCAUGCUGAUUAGACAUCUAAUUCUCCUUUGCCCUUGCCUUGCAAAUCCCAAACAAAAUGAAUUCUGUGAGCCGAAGGAAUCCAUUUUUAUUUUUUUUAAUUAGCCCCUCCUCAUUUGUUACUAAAUAAAACAUUUAUUGUACAUUUAAAUGUAACCUAUGUGGUUCUGUUCUGGUACCAUGUAUAUUUUUCUUUCUGGUUUAUUGGUUUGAAUGGAGGGGGUUGUUGUCUUUGUUUUGAUGUGUGAUCUGGGUUUCGCUGGAGCUGGGCCCCAUUCUAAAUUGAAUAUGAAUAAAUCUUGAUCUCAAUUCUUAAGUUAGACUUUAAUGACACAAUGCUUUUUUAACAGCACAAUGCUGCAGAAAAGAAAACAUCUUAAAAAAACCAAAAAAUGAGAACAUAUUCUUCUUCUGAGUAUUUCACUUAUGGUGCCAUUGUUCAUGAAGAUAAAUAUAAACUCAUCAUAUACCUAAAUUACAUUUACUUGUCUAAAUAAGUACAUUUCUGUUAAUAAUACCAUGCAUCUUGAUUAAUGGCAUUGUCUUUCAUUAUGUAUUAUCUGCAUAAUUUGUAAUUGUAUUCUCAGUAUGGAUGAAUGCCACAAAUAAAUACAUGUAGUAAAUA